CCACAAUAACUCUCAAUCAGAAGUCAACAAGUUUAAUUGAAACCACCAAAAUGAGCCUCUCCAUUGAUGGUGUUGGAGGUGCUUCGGCAGAGAUGAAGUCAGUGGCGGUUGCCGUGAACGUUGGAGAAGGAAGUGGAGGAGGCAAUGGAAGUCGACGUGCCGUGCGGUGGGCCGUGGAGAAUCUCAUGAACAAAGCUGAUCGUUUUAUCUUAGUCCACGUUAUGCCCCCCAUCACUUCGAUUCCAACUCCGUCAGGAGAAUGUAUACCGGUAGCUGAGCUGGAUGAGAAUGUGGUGAAAGUGUAUGUGCAGGAUGUCAAAUUAAAGACGGAGGAAAUCUUUAUUCCAUAUAAAAAACUAUGCAAGACAAGGAAGGUAGAAACGUUGGUCUUGGAGGAUGAUAAUCCGGCGUCUGCACUUCUAAGAUAUGUAUCUGCGGCUAGGAUUAAUAACUUAGUUUUAGGUUCUUGCUAUACAAAUUGUAUAGUGAGGAAACUGAAGGGACCUGGGGUACCAACAACUGUCCUGAAAUCUUCUCCCAGUACCUGCGAUAUUUAUGUUGUAUCAAAGCGUCGAGUCAUCACAGAUUCAGCUAAUUCCACAUCAACUAGUGAGACCAGCACACGCCUCCAAGCACUUACUCAAAGGGAUUAUGGAGAGGGCUACAAUGGCAUUAAUGAACAAUUAUCAGGACUAAGUGCUUCCUCUGUGGAUACAAAAGUUCAUAAAAACUUUGGAGCAUCAUCAGAGAAUUAUCCAAGUUCUUAUGCAUUCUCAAAUAUUAGUUCUCCAGUAAAUGCUAGUGUAAAUAUGAACUUUAAUUGUCAAAACUUGGGAGAUAACUUUGAAACUACUCUCGUUAAGCAAUGCAAUUCCAUGGCUUCUUCAAUACCUGAGCAGUCAGCUGUGCAUGCUGAAAUUGAAAAGCUGCGGCUAGAAUUACAAACUACUGUUGCCAUGUAUGAAAGAGCUUGUGAAGAGGUGGUCCAUGCCCAAAACAAGGUUCAGUUACUUUCUUCUGGGUGCGUUGAAGAGGCAAGAAAAGUGAAUGCUGCCUUGGAAAGGAAAGAAACUUUGUCAAAAAUUGCUGCUGAAGAGAAAGCAAAGCAUUUGCAAGUCUUGAAGGAGGUUGAGGAAGCAAAAAAAUUGCUUGAUAAAGAGGCUUAUGAAAGGCAAAUAGCUGAAGUGAAAGCCCAGAAGGAAUCCUCAGAGAAACAAAAAAUUGUUGAUGCACUCUUAUAUAAUGACAGGAGGUACAGAAGGUAUACUAAGGAUGAAAUUGAGGUAGCAACAGAUUUCUUCUCUGAAAAUAAUGUUAUUGGUGAAGGAGGUUAUGGGAAAGUUUAUAAAUGCAAUAUUGAUCACACUCCUGUAGCUGUUAAGGUUCUUUGGCCUGAUGCUGUUAAGAAGAAAGAUGAGUUUCUAAAGGAGGUUGAAGUGUUAAGCCAGAUACGACAUCCACACAUGGUUCUGCUGCUGGGAGCAUGUCCUGAGAUCAGUUGCUUGGUCUAUGAAUACUUGGAAAAUGGAAGCCUGGAUGAAUAUAUUUUGCACCAGAAUGGAAAGCCCUCACUUCCUUGGUUUGUUCGGUUCCGCUUAGUUUUUGAAGUAGCUUGUGGGCUAGCAUUCUUACACAACUCAAAGCCAGAACCUAUUGUCCAUCGAGAUCUGAAACCGGGUAAUAUCUUGUUAGAUGGAAAUUAUGUGAGCAAAAUUGGGGACGUUGGGCUAGCCAAACUCAUGUAUGACAUUGUGCCUGAUAACAUCACAGAGUACAGAGACUCUAUUAUUGCUGGUACUCUUCACUACAUGGAUCCAGAGUAUCAGAGAACUGGCACCCUUCGACCAAAAUCAGACCUGUAUGCUUUUGGAGUGAUUGUGCUCCAGUUGUUGACAGCUCAGUCUCCAAAUGGACUCAUAUCGAAAGUUGAAAAUGCCAUCAAGAGCAGCACCUUUGCAAACAUAUUAGAUAAGUCGGUUACAGAUUGGCCAGUUGCUGAAGCAGAGGAAUUGGCUCAAAUUGCGUUGAAGUGUUCAAAGCUUAGAUGUAGAGACAGACCAGAUCUUGAUACUGAAAUUAUGCCAGUUCUUAAGAGACUCAAAGAUUUUGCAGAUACUCAUGUAAAGUUGAAUAGAGAUAAUAUUUAUGCACCAAACCACUUCUUUUGUCCGAUCCUUCAGGAAGUAAUGGAAGAUCCAUACAUUGCAGCUGAUGGUUUUACAUAUGAGCACAGAGCAAUCAAGGCAUGGCUUGAAAGACAUAAUGUAUCACCAGUAACAAAGCUUAGGCUCCAGCAUUCAAUGGUCAUUCCAAAUUACACAUUACGUUCUGCCAUACAGGAGUGGAAGUCACCUGUGACAUAUUCAGGUGCUAUCUCUGCAAAAGAUUGUUGAAGUGCCUCACUUUAGGAGAGCUUGGCAUUGCCCGAAUCCUCUUUCAAUGCCAUUGUGAUGAAGGAAAAUUAACAGAUGCAGCUGGCGUAUGGUGUAAAGUAAUCAACUAAAGUAGUAUGGGGGUGAGAGUUCAAGUGCCUUUGACAUGAUUCAUGAGUGAAAUGAUUCAUGAGAAGUAAUUUGCUUUAUUAUGUUUUACGCAUUUGGAAGAGCAUAAAUCCUGGUAAUACGAAUGUA